AUGACGGCAGUGGAGCGUCUGCUGGGUCAAAGGAAAAAGUGGAUGCAGCAGCAUAAGCAAUUUCUGUUCUAUCUCUGCUGCGAGAGCUCUGUAUCGACCCCAGCCUUAGCUGAGCAGUUUCCCGACAACCCACCUUGCAUUGAGGACACCAUGCAAAGCCUCAAGAACCUGACAGCAGAGCCAAGGAAGGAAUCAAGGAGGACGCAGACCUCCCCAGGACACGGUGGAAUGACCCGUCGGAAAGCAGUGAACCUGACAGACAUCAAGGUGAAUGACACGCAGGAGUUCAUUCGGAUGAAACCCCACCAGGAAGGCAGCCUGGAAGACAUGUGGCAGGUCAGGGCCAGCUGUGAAUCGGGUCGAAUUGUGGCUCUGAAGUGCUCAGAGUGUGGGCUGCACCCCGGUGCUGCGUGUGUGGUUGGGGGGACAGCCGUAUCCCCUGGGCGCUGGCCCUGGCAGGUGAGCCUGUACCACGGCUCCCAGCACCGCUGCGGAGGCUCCGUGCUGGCGUGCGAGUGGAUCGUCACGGCGGCUCACUGCGUGCACAGUUACAGGCAGCUCCAAGCCUCCACCUGGCUGGUUUUCGCAGGCUUUACCACCCAUGGCUUGAUCAAGGAGGAGGCGGGGGUAUCAGUAAAGAAAAUAAUUUACCACCUGCUUUAUAAUGACAGUAGCCUCGACUACGACAUUGCUCUGAUGAAGCUCCAAGUCCCCCUGAAUUUCUCAGAUGCUAUCCGUGCUGUGUGCCUGCCACCCCCCCAGCAGCACCUCUUCCAAGGCACGCAGUGCUGGGUGUCCGGCUGGGGCUAUACCAGACCAGACCAAGCACAGGUCACCGAGACACUGAAGGAAGCACUCGUUCCCUUAAUCAGUACCAAGACGUGCAAUAGUUCGUGCGUGUACGCAGGCGAGCUGACUGCCAGGAUACUGUGUGCCGGCUACCUGCACGGGAAAACAGAUGCGUGCCAGGGCGACAGCGGGGGCCCCCUGGUUUGCCAGGAUGAAUUGGCAUGGCGCUUAGCAGGCAUCGUGAGCUGGGGCCGGGGCUGUGCGGAACCCAACCACCCUGGGGUUUACACCAAUGUGGCUCAGCUCCUGCCAUGGAUUUAUCGCACCACUGAGAUCUACUAG